AUGGCGGCGACUUUACCCAGGACUCUCGGGGAGUUGCAGCUCUACCGAAUCCUGCAGCGGGCCAACCUGCUGUGCUACUACGACGCCUUCAUCCAGCAGGGCGGCGACGACGUGCAGCAGCUGUGCGAGGCCGGCGAGGAGGAGUUCCUGGAGAUCAUGGCGCUGGUGGGCAUGGCCAGCAAGCCGCUACACGUCCGGCGUCUUCAGAAGGCGCUGCGCGACUGGGUGACCAACCCGGCGCUCUUCAACCAGCCGCUGGCCACGCUGCCCGUCUGCAGCAUCCCCGUCUACAAGGUGCCCGAGGGAUCGCCGAGCCCACUCCCGCUGCUGCCCCGCGCCGGUGAGCCCCACGUCAAGACGCCCAAGUGCGGCGCGGCCCGCGGCCAGUGGGGAGGCCGGUAAGGGUUGGACAGGAAACCGGCAAACGGCAGCUCGGGCGCCACCACGGCGUCCCCUCUUCAGAGCGGCGCCGAGCCCCGGUUCUGGGUCGGUCACUUCGGCAGCAGCGUCAGCGGUGGCGGCGGCGAGAGCGAGAGAGGCCUGUCGCCGGCCGAGCUCGGGUCGCCGUCAUCGCCACGCGACGGCGGCGCCGAGGCGCUGGACGCGGCGGCCGUGCAGUCGGUGACGGAGUGCGUGGAGCGCAUGGCAUCGGGGCUGCAGCCCGCGGCGACCCCCGCCGAGGUCAAGGAGCAGCUGAAAGGCAACAAGAAACUGGCCAAGAUGAUCGGACACAUCUUUGACAUGGCCGAGGAGGACCCGCGCCGCGAGGAGGAGAUCCGCAAGUACAGCGCCAUCUACGGCCGCUUCGACUCCAAGAGGAAGGACGGCAAACACCUGACGCUUCAUGAGCUGACUGUGAACGAGGCUGCUGCCCAGCUCUGCAUGAAGGACGUGGCUCUGCUGACCCGCCGAGAUGAGCUCUUCGGCCUGGCGCGCCAGAUCUCUCGAGAGGUCACCUACAAAUACACGUACAGGACGAGCAAAUCUCGCUGUGGAGACGAGCCCUCUCCAAAGAGGAUCAAAACCGAGGAGGGCUUCUUUGACCUGCAGGAGGCGCUGCAAGCCAUCUACAUGCGACAAGAGACGUUGCGGGAGCAGCUGGCCCACGCCAGGUCCAAGGGCGAGGAAACGGCCACGCGCAGCAUCCAGAUGCAGCUGGAGCGCCUGGUAGCGAAGCAGAUGGAGAUUCUGCACGACGCGGCGGCCCAAGACCGCCUGCAGGCGCUGGACUGGAGAAUCCCCGCUGCCGCCUUCAAGCACGCCGCCGCCGCAGAGCGUCAGGCCACCAACGGAGUCGCCGCCGACAAAAGCGCCGAGCAGACAGGCGAGAGACCACUGAAUCUGCGGGUUGCCAGCCAGAGGACUGAGGGCGAAACACCAUUGGGCAAGCAACUGGCCAAUGAACUGAAGAGACAUCACGCCAACACAGAGAGCAAGACAGCUGCCACAGAGAACGGCAAUGGCACAGAGCAUUCCUCACACGCACUCAACCUUUCUGAGAAAAAGACCAUAAAAUCGGAACCGGAGGACUCCAGAUAGCAUCCUCAACCCCACCCCACUCCACCCCCUCACCCCUCUUGUGUACCUUGCUCCUAAUGAACUCUGUUGUGUGUUUGUGAAUACUAAAAGAGCACAGCUACAGUAGAGCCUUAACAACCAACGUUGCCUCAGAAAAACGUGAUUUUGUUUUUUUUUUUUGUUUUUUUUUUUCCCCCGCCAAAGUACCUAGAGACGUUAUUUUGUCACCGUAGUAAAUUCAGUGUUUUUUGUAUGAUCACUGACUUGUAUUAUCAUUGACUGCAUUGUCCUCUCUCCUUUGAUUUCUCUUUCUCUCACCUUCAGUCUCUUUCGCGAUUGUCCCUUCUGUACUGUAUAUAUCUGAUCCUAUAUGCUAAACUGUUUGUUGUAUAUGAUGUUAUUUAAAACAAUGUCUUGUGUAGGUAUGAAUAUUUGUAUCUAAAAUGUAUUUUCACUGAGACCAAGGGCUUCAGUGUCAUCGUUUGACUGUUUUUGUGUGCACAUAAAUCAGUCUGAAUCCAUUUAUAACGUGCUUUCUGUCCAUGGGCCGUUCUCAAAUGUACUUUACAAAAUAAGCAUGUGCAGCCCAGGUACCGAACUGAAAGCACUAAUCUAUGUACAUUUCCUGUGGUACCCUUAUUUAAUUGACAAAUGUUUUCAACUGAUGGAAGAUUUGCAGCGUAGAAUAGGAUUAUGGGAAGGCACAACUGAGGUCGGCAAAAAUGCAACAAACACAGCAAAACAAACACAGGCUUUAUGUAGGUGAGGUUCAUCCUGAACUAAGCUUAUUGUAUGUCAGUUGUGAUGUCUGUGUAUUUCAUAUAGAUUAAGGGCAGUGUAGAGUGCUGACAUCUUAUCAUUGCCGAUGUGAUUUUACCCAUGAAGCUGUUUCUGAAAUGUGUAGGGAUUCUUCAGAAAACGAACAGAAAAAAAUCAACAAAAAUACGAGAUGUAAAUAGUCAGAUAAAAUCCAUGAUAGUAAUAACUUUAUUAGGAAAUGCAGGGUGAUUUGAGUGCGUUGUUACACAUCUUAUCUAUCAUAACUUGUUGUAAUACUUAGUAUAGUAGAGCAAUACACAGUAGCUGCCAUUUAGCAACCCUGUGAAACUGUCUAGUUGUCCCAAAUUUGAUGAGCAUUUGGAAUGUCCAUUAUAGAGUAUUUUUACCCUGUUUACUGGUGUAGCCAUAUAGUCUUAGUUUCCAAACCAAUGUUCAAAAUAUGACUUGUAACUGAUAUGCACUAGUGUUGUUAUCCUCAGUACAAUAUGUCCGCAGUGUGAGCUCAGAAAAAAAAGCACUCAACACUUCUCAUGUUUUUUUUUUUUUUUUAGAAAAAAUGAAUGCAUACAUCUCCACUGCAGCAUAUAUUUGUAGGAGUUGUCUAUGUUCAGUGUAUCCAUCACACGUGCUGUGACUGGUGGGAAGUAGUGACUUAUGAUAUAUCAGGGUUCUGUAGUUCUCUCAAUCAUGUGUAUUGAACCGGCCAAGCUGUCAUGUAAACUGUAUGGUGCGUUCUGCGUGAGAUGCCCUCACCCCUCGGUCCUCUCCAGUCCAGCAUCACAAAGCUGGGCUGCUGGUGUCCUAAUGGACGCUGUAUAGCCGAAAGCCCAGCUUUGUUAAUUGUUGGAUUUGGUUGUCAAGAACUGAAGUGUGUGGACAUCUUUGCUCCUAGAUUACUUGCUUGCUUUGACUUCUGGCACGACUUAGGUUGAAACUUGUGAACGCUAAAUACCUCCUGUCAGGAACUGGGACUAGCGGAUUUGUCCUGUUCAUGUGCAGUAUUUUGAUGAGAAAAGGGGAGAAUUUUGCCUGUUGUUGUUUAUUUUUGGGGAAUACCCUUUUAAGUAUGCAAAUUUCUGUUAAUUUAAGUGCCAAAAAUAAAGUUUGAAUGCAGGGAGACAGGGACUAAACAGUUUCAGAAAACAGCAGAUAGGUUUUUAAAAGUUACAAAAAAUAAAACUAUACUGUAUGAUGCAACACUGAUGUUGGUCCAGGGUAAACAUCUUAAAAGUUCCGGUGAUUUCAUUUUAAUUUUUCUGAUUUGUAUAUCAUCCAAUGUAUUUACUUGGUGACAAUCUUAAAAAUGACUGCAGCUCCAAAUCAGCGGAACAUGCUGAGAAAUAAUCAUCUGGAAAAUGUCAGUGACGCAAAUUGCCCCAUAAUGGAAGACGAGAAAGUCAAAACAAACCUUCACCUUUACAGAAGGAUUUUUAUCUGGACUGCUUUUGUUCAGUGUUAUUGUCCCACACACUUUCUCAGAGAAAAAACAGUCCACUUUUUUCUGUCUGUGAUUGCUUUGUAGCGUAGAGGGAUGCAUCUUGAUCUGUGGGAUAAGACUGCUUACAUGUUAGUAGAAUUUGUCCUUAUCACUGUUGUUAGGAGAACACCUUUAGUUUAUGCGUAUACCCAUGAUCCAAUUUGUUUCAUUUUUGUAAACACUAAUAUAUUUAAUUUGUUAUACAGCACAUGGACAUUAAACUCUAUUUUUUGAGAUCUAA